CAGGGUAGGCCCUGCUGUUUUUGUAACUCCAGUCAAUCCAACGCAGGCGUCUAAACCAAAACAAGGAGCGCGAGAUCCCCUUAUGACGGCGAAUGAACUGGGGAGGCGUAACACACUCGGAGGAAACACUAUCUGCCCUCUUCUGCAUGUUUGCUGGAUUAGCUAAUGUCGCUGUGAUUGACGUGAGAGACAGAGAGAGAGAGAGAAUGUUGUCUUUCUCACACAGAGAGCAAGGGGUGACAAUACUAAUCUGAGGAUCUCCACCCGAAAGGACACAGACAUUUCCGAAGUCAUGACAUAAGUGGUGUUUGCCGCUGCUGACAUGCGGUACAUGGGUGUUCAUCCUCCUUGGAAAACGUUCUCGUGGCACCGGGACCCUCAGCACGCCUUUGAUCAUUUUGAACCGCUCUCGGAUUUCUCGAAGCUCACCUCAGUAGACGUGAAAAACUGACUCUGACUCACAGCCCCACAGGAUCACGGUGUCUUCAUCCUGAGUCGAGGUCCUCAUUCUGGCUUUGCGUGUGGAACUGGUGGUCGCUUUGGCUUCAGAAUGAAACCGAGGCCACGUUCAGACCCGGUAUUGACACCUGUCUCGGGUGAUCUGCUGAUCUGAUCACAAGCGGACAGCUGAGACGGAUAGCCACUAACACCCUUUUACACGCGCCUCCAAGGCUUCUCCACUGACCGUUCGUGAUUGUACUUCUUGAAUGACACACUGACCAGGAGGUUCUUUAACGUUAUUGGUGAGGUUCAUGCACAAAUGUCUACCUCACGCUUAAAGCUCCUCGGUGUCCCACUGCAGCCCUGAUCACACUUCAAAAUGACCUCCAGCAUAGACCGGGAUGACAGCAGUAUCUUUGAUGGUCUGAUGGAAGAAGAUGAGAAGGACAAAGCAAAACGAGUUUCCAGGAACAAGUCAGAAAAGAAGAGGCGAGACCAGUUCAACGUGCUCAUCAAGGAACUGGGCACCAUGCUGCCUGGCAACACUCGCAAGAUGGACAAGUCCACCAUUCUGCAGAAAAGCAUCGACUUCCUGCGCAAGCACAAAGAAAUUGCUGCUCAGUCGGAGUCCAGUGAGAUUCGUCAGGACUGGAAGCCUCCGUUCCUCAGCAAUGAGGAGUUUACCCAGCUGAUGUUAGAGGCUCUAGAUGGCUUCUUCCUAGCCAUUAUGACCGACGGCAACAUAAUCUACGUGUCUGAAAGCGUCACCUCUUUGCUAGAACAUUUACCAUCUGACCUGGUGGACCAGAACCUGUUGAAUUUUCUUCCAUUGGGCGAACACUCUGAAGUAUACAAAGCCCUCUCUACACACAUACUCGAAGGAGAGAGCCUCACACCGGACUACUUAAAGUCAAAAAACCAGUUGGAGUUCUGCUGCCACAUGCUCCGGGGCACCAUCGACCCCAAAGAGCCUCCCGUCUACGAGUACGUCAAGUUCAUCGGCAAUUUCAAGUCUCUCAACACUGUGCCUAACUCGACGCGGAACGGCUUUGAAGGCGUGAUCCAGCGCUCGCUCAGGCCCUCGUUUGAAGACCGUGUGUGUUUCAUUGCCACCGUGAGGUUAGCCAAGCCUCAGUUUAUCAAGGAGAUGUGCACUGUGGAGGAACCCAAUGAGGAGUUCACUUCCAGACACAGCUUAGAGUGGAAAUUCCUCUUCCUGGACCACAGGGCUCCACCCAUCAUAGGUUACCUGCCUUUUGAAGUUUUGGGCACGUCGGGGUAUGAUUACUAUCACGUCGAUGACUUGGAGACCCUUGCUAAGUGCCAUGAACACUUGAUGCAGUAUGGGAAAGGGAAGUCGUGCUAUUAUCGGUUCUUGACCAAAGGCCAGCAGUGGAUUUGGUUGCAGACUCAUUACUACAUCACCUACCACCAGUGGAACUCGCGGCCUGAGUUCAUCGUCUGCACACACACUGUUGUCAGCUAUGCUGAGGUCAGGGCUGAGCAGCGCAGAGAGCUGGGCAUCGAGGAGUCUCCUCCUGAGAUCUCUGCAGACAAGUCUCAGGACUCGGGCUCGGAGUCUCAGUUGAACACCUCCAGUCUGAAGGAGGCACUGGAGCGCUUUGAUCAGAGUCGGACGCCCUCAGCCUCCUCACGGAGCUCACGCAAAUCCUCCUCACACACGGCCGUAUCCGACCCCACCUCCACCCAGACAAAGCUACAGGCAGAGCACAGUACGCCGCCCCGCCAAUCUGUCUCUACUAUUGAGAAGACUUCUCAGUGCCGGUCAUCUGUCAGCAGCCAGUCGAUGAGCUCUCAGAACACGGGCCAGACGAUGGCAGCUUGUCUGGUGUCGCAGCCUCAGCAGCUGCAGCCCACUGUGCAGCCUGUGUUGCAGUUCUCCACACAGCUGGAUGCCAUGCAGCACCUAAAGGAACAGCUGGAGCAGCGCACACGCAUGAUCGAGGCAAACAUCCAGAGGCAGCAGGAGGAGCUGCGGCAGAUUCAGGAGGAACUGCAGAGGGUUCAGGGUCAGGGCUUACAGAUGUUCUUACAGCAGGGUGGUGGUAGUCUGAACAUCGGCUCGGUGCAGCUAGCGCAGGGUUCCUCAGUGCAGCCUGGCACUGCUCUCACCAUGCAGGGGCUGGUGGUUCCUGCAGGAAUCUUACAAGGCAACCUGACAACCACACAGCAGCACUCUGUCACUCAGCAGACACAACCGGCUCAGCCUCAGCAGCAGAACAUUCUCCGAGAGCAGACUGGCGCACACACACAGUCCCAGAGGUCGUCCCACACGCUGCAGUCUCCUCAAGGAGCCCUGCCUGCGUCUCUCUACAACACCAUGAUGAUUUCGCAGCCUGGUCAAGCCAACGUAGUGCAGAUCUCCACCAGUUUAACCCAGAACAGCCCGAGUGGAACCGCCGUCGCCACCUUCUCUCAGGACCGCCAGAUACGAUUCCCGGCAGCCCCUCAGCUCCUAACCAAGCUGGUGACGGGACCCAUGGCAUGUGGAGCCGUCAUGGUGCCCACCACAAUGUUCAUGGGUCAGGUGGUGACACCGUUUGCCCCUCAGCAGAGUCAAACUCAGACCAUCAGCAUCGGACAGCAAGCGCCCACACCCUCACAGGAGCAGCAGGGCCAGACGUCGGCCGGCGCACAACCACAGAGUCAAAACCAGACUCCACUUAGCCAGACUCAGUUCCUCCAGGCACCUCGUCUUCUCCACGGGAAUCAGUCGGCGCAGCUGAUCCUCCAGGCAGCGUUUCCUCUCCAGCAGCAGAACGCCUUCGCAACAACCACUCAACAGCAGCAGCAACAGCAGCAGGUGCAGCAGCAGCAACUCCAGCAGCAACAUCAGCAACAACAGCAGGUUCAACACCAACAGUUACAGCAGCAGCAGCUGGCUUCUCAUAGGCCAGACGGCAUGACGGACCGCUCCAACGUCCAGCCCCAGUAACCCGGCAACAUCCAGCUGUGUGGCGAGGACGCAGGAAUCUCACCUCUGUUGCGCGGGACGACGAAGGAGGAGUUUCAGCAGUAUUUCAACUCUACCUGUUAUUCGGCGCAAACAAGGUGCUGUUGCCUGGUGCCUCUGCGCCCCACGUCUCAUCCCUCACCAGGUUCUGGAUGCUUGCAUAGAGCACACUUGCUGAGCGGCUAGCAUAGGAACCCUCGGCUUAUUUUUUUUCUCACCACCCCUCACCUCAAGAAGUGAGGUGGGCCGUCUUUCGUUCACACGUUCACGUGUUAAUUUAUACAGGACGCUCCAGUUCGAAGGCUGGAGGUGACAAAGUCCGAGGCUUCAGAGAAGUCCCGUAGGACAGACGGCACGCAUCCGCCUGUCCUCCUCCUCCUCCUCCCUUUCCCUGCCGUCACACACACCUCUUCUUUUCAUCUCUGUGUUUUCCAUGUAAAAAGAAAUAUAUAUAUGAAAGAAAGAAAAGAGUAAUUAUGGGUCAGAAAAUAUUUUUAAGAUUUGUCAUGUGGAUUCAGCUUUUAUUGUAUAGUACACCUGUAAAUUAAUAUGUAAAUAUACGGACAAAACAAAGAGAAACUAAUAUUUUAUAUUGAUGCAUGACACAAAAAAAAAGAGUGUAGUCUGUUAUUUGUAGCUUUGAAUAUACUUUUUUUCUAGUAUUCAAAGGAAAAAAAGAAAGAAAACACUUAAUGGCUGAUGCCUUCACGGACUUCCUCUUUGCCGUGGGGGGUGUGUGUGUGUGUGUAUGCGAGUGUGUGUGUGUGUGUGUGUGUGUGUAUGCGAGUGUGUGUGUCUGCAUAGCGGGCAGUGCUGGUUCUGCUUCGUGUGUCACAGUUUGUUUAAAAAAACGGACAUAUUUUCCUAACACCGCUAGCGAUAACUUUCCUGUUUUUACACGUAUCCAAGAUGCAUUUAUUAUUAUUAACCUCUAUAAACUGUACAGAAUAGUUUCCACUUGUGUGUAUAUAUAUAUAUAUCCGAGAGAGCAGGCUGCGGCUUCCCGAAAGAGAUUCGUAAUAUAUUCUGAUAAACGUGGAGUAUUAAACGCUUUAAUGCAGGGUUCAUCAGGAGCUUUCAGGAAAGUUGACCAUGACAUACUCAGGUGUCAGACGGCAGUUAUAGAUGCUUAUACACGAUGAGUGACGAGUGCGUAAGCACGUAUUAACCCUUCAUGGCCACAUACUGUAUAAUAUUAUAAAUACAUAUUAAUAUAUAUUUAAACAAAACACACACACACACAGUGCCAAGCCAUAAAUGAAGCUAUAUUCAUUUUACAGUAAUAUGUAAGCUAUGAUAGAGUAAAUAAAUAAAUAUAUCACUGUCACAAUUUUAACCAAUAUGAAUUAUAGCCUUUACCAAACCAAACCUCAUAGUCGCUAGUAAAGCUUAGCACACGAUCUUCUAUUUGCACGGGUUGAACAGGUUUUUGUUUUAUUGUUUCUGAGAGCUUGAAAGCAAAACGGUCAGUCAGCUACCACAAUAUAGCUGCACACAGAGAGAGAAAUCAGGAACGCACGGUGGACCUCGGUGAUGAUGACUGUGAUGAUAAAUGCCCCAAAAAGACAACGUUAGCACUUAUGUUUGAAUAGCACUUUACAUUUAGGCCUCGGUGGAAAGGUAAACCUAGGUUUUAAUUAGUUGAGGUGUUCCUCGUGAAAUAAAAUAAAUGAAUAAAUUGUUGUUGGAUUGUUAUGGACACCAUUAUGUAACAUUUUUGUAAACUAAUAGAAGAAAAAGUUGUUAGUGUUGCUACCUCACCACUCCCCGGAUCCAUCCUGAGCUUGGGUUACUGUGUGUGUGUGUGUGUGUGUGUGUGUGUGUGUGUGGAGGUUAAUGUUCUCCCUGUAUUCGUGCAGGGUUGAUUUGAGUUAACCCAGAUUCCUCUGACCUGCAGAAAAGCCGCCAGCAGGUAGACUGGAUUCUGUAAAUUACCCCUUGGUGUGUGUGGGUGUGUGUGUGGGUGUGUGUGAGUGUGUGUGAGAGCACU